AUUCCACUAAGGACUCUCACAAUAAAUUUUUAAAAGACAAUAAAAUACAACUGGCGAAAAUUGAAGACUCGCGUUCUGGCAAAUUAAAUAGAAUUUGCCAAUUUAUUAUUAACAAAAUAAUGGAUGAAGAUUUUGUCAAAAUUCGUCAUGAAAAUGACGAAAUUUCGUUGCCUUUGUCGAAAAAUGGAAACUUGAAAUUGUCUGUUUUAAGACAAUAUUUUCCGAACGCGGUAGGUUUAACCUACAUAACAAAUCAUCAAAUACGUGGUGUCCUGAUAGAAUCUGAUGAGUUAGUAAUCAACCCUACUAAUAAUUGUUAUGAUAUUCGCAUAGAUUCAGAAUUGAAAAAUCCUAUCACAGUUAAAAAAAGAAAAAUUGUCGAAGACAUGCUAAGCAGAAUUUCAGAGUCUACUAUUAAUCCCUCAACGUCUUCAAAAAUUAAGACUCUAGAACCACUCUGUGGCUCAACUUCGAGAUCAGUCUCAUUUAGAAGAAUUAGUAUUGGUUGGUUGCGGAAAACUGACAAUACGUAUGCGCAAGUGAAAGGAACUCUUGGAGGGAUCCGAGAGUUACGUCUCGAAGGCAGUAAAAAAUACUUUGUUGAUGAUAUUAAAAAAUUAGCAAUCGAAGAAUUUGCUCAGGAUAAUGAGUUGUCUUUUGCUAAUUGUGACACCUAUCUCGGCCGUUUUAAUGGAACUAUUUUAUCUAGUUUUAUUAAUAAUGUGGGAAGAGAAUGUGAUCUGUGGGAAUUUUCAAAAGAUCAAAAAACCAAACGGUUCACAUUUUAUUUAUUAACUUCUCUUAAAAAAAAUAUUUCACUUGAAGAUGAUUCAAAUAAGCUUCUCAAGAGUUCAAAUUCAGUUCCGAUGACUGCACAUCAUGCUACAGGUACUAACGUUAUGUCAUUAGAGGAUGUUCCUUUUACUAUGCAUAAUUCUCGAGUUAGUACAUCAUCAACCUACAGUUCAAAAAAUGAAUUUAUUGAUAAGAAGAGUACACUAGAUAAACCUGAAACUAGAAAAAUAGAUGAUAAUAUCCAAAUUCACUAUGAAUCUGUCAGCAAAUCUAAGUAUUCACGUGAUUACUCGAUCGCAUAUUUCCAGAAAGAAGAUCUAUAUUUUUCAAAAUUAGAAGAGUUCGGAUUUGACACACUCGAAGAAUUUGAUCCUUUAAAGUCUGGCUGCAGAAUUUCCGAAAUCGCAGCCGAUGGCAGAAUAUUGCUAUUAAUAUACACUAAUAAUGAAAAUAUCUCCCAACGAGAAUUCACUUUCCCCGGAACGGACAUCAUAGAUGAUGAAAAUAUUCAUUACAUUUUAUAUGAUGUAAAUGAACUUAACGGACGAUACAACAACCAAAAUGGUAUUGGUGUAAUAACCAAUUGCACUGAUUCAUGCAAGGCAGAGUUUACUUGGUAUAAAGAUAAUCAAUUGUAUGAACGGGGAAUACUUAGAUAUUGGGUAUCUAUCCAUGAUAUUAAUAGUCAUUAUAAAUGUAUUAUUAAAUGUAACUCCCAAAAUAUACAAAUGGAAUCAAGUAUUUUCAAGUUCACCGAUAAAGAUCAAUCUGAAUCAUUGACUAACGCACUCGGAAUUUUAAAAAAAAGUACAAGUUGUUCGAUUCCAUCUAUAAAAAAAGAAUCUCUUCAUAUCUAUCGGGAAAUAUUGGGUGCUGGUGCUCAGGGAAAGGUGAAGAAAGGUUGGUGGAACGGAUCAAACGUUGCAGUUAAAACAAUCGUUCUCUCGGAGGCCAAUGUAAAAUUAGUUUGCCGUGAAAUUAAAGUGCUGGAAGAUAUUAGGCAUCCCAAUAUCGUUCAAUUGAUGGCUUUCUGCGCGGAAAAGGAUCGAAUACAUCUUGUUAUGGAAUUAUUCGAAAGCUGUGAUUUAGAUGAUAUUCUCUUCGAUAGAGAAUGUAAAGAAGAAAAUAAAUUAACGAUAAUGAAAAAGCAUAAAAUUGCUCAACAAAUUUGUCAAGCAAUUAAUUAUCUUCAUAGUAAAGAGAACCUCAUUAUUCAUGGAGAUAUAAAGCCCGCCAAUGUUCUUAUUCACCCGAGUGGGAUUGUCAAAAUCUGUGACUUAGGAUUAAGUAAGUUUAAAAAAAUGGUCUUUUCUUUGAGGAGCACUGUUGGUCGAACUAGAUAUGUCAGAGGAACGCCAUUGUACAUGGCUCCGGAACUAUUAUUACAAAAUCAGGAAGUAACUGCGUAUUCAGAUGUAUGGUCAUUGGCAUGCACACUGGUCGAAUUGUAUUCUGAAACGUCAAUUUGGGGUGAUUUAAACGAUGAAUAUGAUUUGAAGGUUAUACUGACUAAGAAAAAUCGCCCGGCUUUGACUGGUAUACCUCAAGAUUUAAAAUCAAUUAUAUUGGAGUGCUUUUCGUAUGAGCCAAAAAAUCGUCCUGAAGUUUUUAAAAUCUUAAAAUUUUAUUCUAGGUUGAUUUAA